AUGCAUAAACAUUCCAAGACUGUCCAUGGUGGCCAAAGUGACCAAGGGAAGGUCUCUCCUCCCGGUCCAAGCUACAUGUCUAGCGAUCAGAUCGCCAACUACCUGAAAGACCUCCGAACCAAUCGUCCAAACCGCCCUACAGGCUCUCGUCCUUACCCUGGUAGAGCGGCAACUGAUUCUACCUCUGAUUUAAAGGACGAGCUUCCCCCUCGUGCUUCUUCGGCAUUCUCAAUGUAUCGUUCAUCCGAGGACCUCGCCGAAGAUCAACCUCGUGAUCAACCUCGUGCUGGUAGCGCGUUGUCACAUCGUCGAACCACCUCCCAUGCUCCCCAGAGUGGCCCCGCUGGUCGUCCAUUAACACAAGAACCCCGCUCUGUUUCUGUCCGCAAAGCUGUUUUCCCAUCCCAGGUCUUCUCUCGUUCGGUCCCCAUCACUGCGUCGACAGCUCUCUCCUACCGAGAGAACGGCCAGCGACGCCACGAAAAAGAAGAGGCGCGUUCUUUGCGUGACGCACUGCAAGGAUUGGAUUUAGAUGACGACGACGCUCUGCACCAAGCAGCUCAAGACGAGGCUACUGAGCUGGUCUGGAUGCACCAGAACCCCGGAUUGGCCAACAAGAACCCCUUUGCGCCGUAUCGUAACCCGGAUUCCAACCGAGGCAGUGAAAGUCCCGUGCGAAAAGGGCCCCGAGUCUCCCUUCCAACAAAAUCGCCAUUCAAUUGGAUCGAGUCCAUCUUCGACCCGGAGGUUACAAACGGUAGAAGGUCGUCUAUUGCAGGAAAUGUGAGAAAGAACUUGAGGGUCAAUUUCGCCUUGCCAGAUGAUCCACCGGUCCUCACUCCCAAACCCCGCACUGUCAGUGGUGAUUCCUCCAAGGGUGUUUUCAAAAACCCAAAUGAUCACAUCUACGAAGAGCCCGCCAAUGUUAUUAAGGAGGAAACCGACAGUCGACAUGAAUUCUCGAGGUCCGACUCCUCGGCACUCCGAAACACACCCCGCAAUGCACUUCCUCGAGUCUCGAAGCCCCUCCCUUGGUUGCGAGAUCGAAACUCCAAUGGCUCUGUGCGGGACAAAAUUUCCAAGUUUGAUAUUCAUAAGAACCCGCCCACUCAGUCUCGGAACGCAGGCUAUACCAGAAACGAGCCGACACCUCCACCGGAGCCUGUUGAGAAAGAAGAAGUCCGUACCAAGAAUGGGAUUGAGAUCCGCGGUGAUGAUAUCCGAGCUGCUACGAGUAAGAGACUCAACGAUCGAAGUGAAAAUCUCCCCAGGCCCUCGGCGGUCAGUGAUCGUGUUGGGCGACCGAUUGUAAGCUUCGACCCGAAGUGGCGACCAGGAAGUCAGCCAAAACCUGAUCGCCAGGCCACUGUAGGCCGUGAUUCGCCAAGUUCCGCUCCUGCGCUUCCCAUCCCUACCUUUGAGGUCGCGCCUAGCAUUGAGGUCACUCCGAGCAUUGAGGUUACCCCGAGUAUCGAAGUAUCAGCACCGCCUUCGAUUCCCGUAAUCAAUGUCCCGGAUAUCAAGGAGCCUACUAUUUCCGAAAUGGCCUCUACGACCAAACAAGACAGCCGGACAACAAGGCAGACACCAUUGCGACGACAGCCUUCGGAACCACAGGACCGGUGGUCAACACCGUACACUCGAUCAGGUGUGCCAACUGCCCGCUGUGAAUCCUGCUCCUUGGGUAUUUCAGGGAAGAUUGUUACUGCUGGAGGCUGCCGCUUCCAUCCGGAAUGUUUCGUUUGCUUCCAUUGCCAGACGGCUCUGGAAUGCGUUGCCUUCUACGAGGAGCCCGCUGCCAGUCGCGAAGAACGCCUAGCAAGCUCACCAGAUGAAGACCGUCUGCCCCGGUUCUACUGUCACCUAGACUUCCACGAAUUGUUCAGUCCUCGCUGCAAGAGCUGUAAGACCCCGAUUGAGGGUGAGGUGGUUGUUGCCUGUGGUGCAGAAUGGCAUGUCGGCCACUUCUUCUGCGCUGAGUGUGGAGAUCCCUUCAACUCAACCACUCCAUUUGUGGAGAAAGAAGGCUUUGCUUGGUGUCUUGAUUGCCAUUCUCGUCGUACUGCAUCUCGCUGUAUGGGCUGCAAACAGCAUGUUCUCGACGAUGUCGUUGUUACUGCCAUUGGCGGACAGUGGCAUGAUCGCUGCUUCGUCUGCCAUGAAUGUGGCGAUGGAUUCGGACCUGAUGGCCGCUUCUUUGUUCGUGAGGGCGAGCCAAAGCGUACAGCUAAGGGUCGUAUCAUCGGUGGACCUGUACAGCUUGCUGUCUGUGAGAACUGUGAAGGUAUUCGUCUUAAAGCACCAGGGAUGUGCUAG